AUGGUUAGGCCGUUCUACUCUGAUCAAAGACGUCGCGAUUUCGAGGCUCAAGUAUCUGGACAACCCACUGAAGCUGGGCAGGAGGAGUCUUUCAGUUGCUCCUUCUCCUCUGCCGCCUCUGGGCCCAGUGGCAGUGCGCCCUUCUUUAAGGUCGAGGUCCUUGUGCCGGCAUCGGAGCCUGGGUCCUCUUCGUCGUCGUGGGGAAGGGGUAGGAAUUCGCCAACUGCGUUGACGCGGACUUUCAUCGAGAGCACCGGAGAGGCAGUGCGCAAGUUCUUCUGUGGCAGCACGCACAGCUACUCCUUCGAGGAUCAGCGCAACAUCUUAGAGUACGAAACCUACGCCUCGGAAGAUGACCAGAUGGGCAGAUCUGGAGAUCUCGGCGAUGACUGCGAACUGGGGGAAGUCCGGAGACAGCAUAUCGUAAUGACUGGAGAGGUCUGGAAUUCGAUCCUCACCAAAGCACCCAAACUCAUACCUACGGUACGUUUGGACGUUCAGUUGCUACUUGGUUAUUCACACGUGUUUUUAGGCUAUAUUUUAAAGCUGCAGUUAACUUUCCCUUUUCGAGGUACAGUAAAUUCCCUGUCUCCUGAAAUGUCAACCGAAAUUCUGAAAUAUAUUUUUAAUUCCAACGUAUUAAUCAAAUAUGGUUUUGAUGAUGAUUAUCCUGCAUCUUGA